CAUUCUUAAACCCAUAAUUUGACGGACUAUCUUACGCUUUCGCAAAACCAUCUUUUAAGAACCUAAUUUUUUACCUUUCUUCAAUUACACAUUCAUUUACCACAAACCACCAUAUUUUUACCCCUCAUUCUCGCAUUCAUUAAUCUAUUUACAAACCAAAACUCAACUUAGAGAAAGCACGUUAUAAUCAACUAUACAAACAAUGGCAGAAGAAGAUCCUAAAGAAAAGGCUGAUCGGGAGCGCAUUUUCAAGCGAUUUGACACGAAUGGCGAUGGCAAAAUCUCUGCAGCUGAGCUAGGAGAUGCAUUGGAAACCCUAGGCUGCGUUAAACCAGAUGAAGUGAAAUCUAUGAUGACGGAGAUUGAUACCGACGGUGAUGGCUUCAUUUCGUACCAAGAAUAUUUAGAUUUUGCUCUAGCUAACCGUGGUUUAAUUAAAGAUAUUGCCAAAAUAUUUUAGUGGUGUUUCUCUUCAAUUUAUUAAUUUGUUUAUCCCAUUCUCCUUAAUGUCUUGUGUGUUUAUGUGACUCAUUCCAUGCCCUUAUGAGACAAGACGUGCAUUGAUUGUUAAGGUUCAUUUGAAUUAAUAUGGUAGUUAAACUGUAAA